AUACAACAUGGCGGACGGAACAGUUCCACCCCCAUUUGAGGAGGAGGAUCAACAAAAAGACGAUGACGAUUUAUUCGCAGAUUCUAAAGAGGUGCCGGAUCAAUCAAACGGUCAAAGCAAUGCUGAACCAUCUACCAAUGUAGAUCUGAAUGCAGAAAGUGAACUUGAAAAGGAUGAUGAUAUAUUUGGAGGACAAGGGUCAGAGGUGGCCCUUGAUUCUGAAGAAGAAGUGGAAGAGAAGAAAACAGUGCCAUCUGCUCCAGUUGCCGCUGCUGUUGCCACAGCUCCUCCAGCUCAACCAAUCAUAGAAGCCCCGAACUUAUUACAAGCAGAAAAACCUUUAAUUAACGUUUCUCAAUCCUCCACAUCAUCAUCUAAAGGUUCCUCAGCUGCCAAAAACUCACAUGAUGAGAUUGAGGUAGAAGAAGAACAAGAUGAAUAUACUAUUGAUAUUCGUGUUACAGAUCCUCAUAAAGUUGGUGAUGGAAUGUCAGCUUAUAUAGCUUAUAAAGUUCUUACUAGAACUACGAUUCCUGCAUUCCGUAAAGCUGAACUAAUGGUUGUUAGAAGAUUUAGUGAUUUUCUAGGUCUACACGAUAGGUUAGCCGAGAAACACGUUCAUCUUGGCGUAGUUGUACCAGCAGCACCAGAAAAAAGUGUUUUAGGUAUGACCAAGGUAAAAAUGUCUAAAGAAGAAUCGGGAUCAGCAGAAUUCAUAGAGAAAAGACGGUCAGCUCUUGAAAGAUAUCUCUGCAGAACAGCUCAACAUCCUAUUCUGAAAAACGAUCAAGAUUUCCGUGAAUUUUUGGAGAAAGACGAAUUGCCAAGGGCAACCAGUACUUCUGCUCUAAGCGGAGCUGGUAUGUUACGUCUCUUCCAUAAAGUUGGUGAUGCUAUGGAAAAAAUCACAUUCAAAAUGGACGAAUCUGAUGAGUGGUUUGAAGAUAAACAGAUUCAAGUAGAAGCUUUAGAUACUCAAUUAAGAAAACUUCAUACUAGUGUAGAAAUUCUAGCAAUGCAUAGAAAAGAUUUAAGUCAGAGUACAGCUGUAUUCGCGAAGAGUGCAGCUAUGUUAGGAAAUAUUGAAGAACACACUGGUUUAUCCCGAGCGUUAUCACAAUUAGCAGAAACAGAGGAGAAAAUCGAACAAUUACAUAAAGAUCAAUCCGAUCAGGAUUUCUUCACCAUGGCCGAACUUAUCAAAGAAUAUAUUUCAUUAAUAGCCUCUGUUAAAGGUGUGUUUCACGAACGUGUGAAAAGUUAUAAAACAUGGAAGGAGGCCGAGAUUACGUUAGCUAAAAAAAGAGAAAACAAGACCAAAUUAGAAUUACAGCAUAAAACCGAUAAAAUCCAACAGGCACAGCAAGAAAUAGCCGAGUGGGCUGGUAAAGUUGAGACAGGUCAAUCAGAUUUUAAUAAAAUAUCUGAAAACGUACGUAAAGAGGUAGCCAGAUUUGAGAAACACAGAGUUGUAGAUUUUAAAAAUCAUGUUAUACAGUAUUUAGAAGCCUUGAUGGAUAAUCAACAGAAGUUAAUCAAGUACUGGGAAGCAUUCCUACCAGAAGCAAAAGCUAUUGUUUAAAAACGCUGCUCAUAUUAUAUAUUAUUAUUAUUAUAUCACUAUUUUUUAUGUAUGUGUGUAUAGUCUUGGCACUUACGUAACCCAGCACCAGACAAAACCAUUCACUCAUGUACUCUACUUUCGUUUUAAAUAACUGAAUUGCAGGACCACAGCACUGCAAGCCAUACUUCUAUAAAUGAAGAGUUUAAAUGUAUCCAUUUCAGUCAUUUUGAGUAAAAGGUAUUUAAUGUGUGGUAUACAUGAAACCAUGUUCUGGAUUUGAACCACUGCUUCCAUGGACAGAAAAUUAACAAUUUAUUAUAGAACUUACACAGGAACCCAGGUAUCAUUUAAUCUUGUGUAUCUAGCACUAAUUUCUUUUACAUUCGUUUAAUAUCAAAUCUUUGUUUAAAAAUCAUUUAAAAUCACCAAAAAUCAUCUAAUUUGUACUUGUGUCUAGUUUAAAACUGACUGAUUAAUUUUGAUAAUGAGUGUCCAAUUUACAAGUAUUUAAUUUCCUGACCACUGUUCAAAAGUUAUUCAUUUUACAUCAAUAAACAAUUGGGUUGUUUGUAAAUUGAACACUCAUUUUCAAAAUUGAAUGGUCAGCUUUAAACUGGAUGCAAGUACAAAUUAGAUUAUUUUUGGUGAUUUUAAAAGAUUUUUACCAAUUUUUAAACAGAGAUUUGACACUGAAUGAAUGUGAAAGAAAUUAGUGCUAAAUACACAAGAUUAAAUGAUACCCUGGCUACAGUGUUAAAUGUACAUAGCUUUAUGUACACUUCAUGAAACAAGUCACAAGCUGAUAAUUGACAUUAGAUAUGGGUUAUUUUAAUGGAGUUUGUAUACCUCAGUUUAUGUUAAGAUGUAUCCACAGUCUGGUCUUUAUCGGUACAAUUCAUUUUCAACAGAAGUGAAAUUGGACCUUUCCUUUCGAUAAUAUGGCCGAUUCUUGCUCUCCGUCUUGGUGUAACCCUGCUUAAUUUAUUUUACACUGUUUGUUUGUACUGAAAGUCUCUUCUUAUUUUGCUGUAAAAUUCGUUACUUCGUAAGUAAGUCAAUUAAUUGUCAAGAUUUUCUCUCAUUUCUUGGCUUAAAAUCUAAAUAAAUAAAUAAAUAAGAAGUGGUACGGGGGUAUAAAACAGCACUUUCAUUUAGGUCCUUAUUGACAGUUAGUGUUCGGCUAGCAAAUGAAAAUGUCCAGUUGAGACAAUUAUGGAUCAGUCAUUUUACAAGGCCUGAAAUUCACGUAUUUUACUUUGUUAGAUUCAAUCUGAUUAAAACACAGAUCUAUAUUUCGUUUCGAUUUUUUAUACUUUCGAUGGCCUACACUACAUGAAGAUUUGACCUGUUGUAGUGGGAGUUCACGACUUUUGUCCCUAUGAUGCGAGACAUUUGAUUAACCAAUCAGCGUUGAUGUUUCUACUGGGAUACCCAUAGAUCCGUGCACUGCACGCCAAGAACUCGCUGCAACAGAUCGUUUCAUUGGCUAAUCCCUCACAUCAACCAGAACGCUGGUUACAUAACAGCUCUUCCAGAUCGUAGUGUAGUAAAGACAAGUAAAAUGAAAUUUUGAACUAUAAAAAACAAAACGAAAUUGGAUCUGUGUUUUAAACAGAUUGGGUUAGACUUGCAUUACUUGUACUUGAUAUAUAAUCAAACUUUAUAGUCUGCUUCUGUUAAAAUAUUUCCUUCAAAAGACAGAAAGAUACGUUGAUAAUUUUACAGAAUAUUUAUUUUCAGAUUUUAAUAUUAUAACGCAACAAUUAGAUUCGAUACUACUAUAUUAUCGGAUUCAAUUCAAAAUGUUUGAAAGGUGGACAAUUAGGUUUAAUAUUUGUAAAUAUCAUUAAUGAUGCUGUUAAUAUAGAUCUAGUAAUCUGAUUGGUUGUUGCUAAUAUUAUCCACCAAUCAUGUAGCCUUAUAAUCAUUGGGUCAGGUUUAAAAGUGAGAUUUACAAAUCUUGUUGCUAUUUUUAGCGUUUUAUUUAGACACAUAUUUGUUGCAAUUUUUUUUUUGUUUUGUUGAAAAUUUAAACAAUGAUUUUAAGGUGAAUAAAUUAUUAUAAUUAUUAUUUAUAUUUUGUGUUAAGAAUAGUUUCUAUGUAUUGAAAGGAUAUAGAAUGAUUUGACUGCUGAUGGAUAUGCUGAUGGAUAAUGUCUGCCUUGUUUUACUCAUACCCCCCGUCAGUCCGAGAUGGUGUCCUUACUGCAAUGCUGCGCCUGUACAUCGAUCAGAAAAAACACGAGGACGCUGGCAAGCGUGAACAGCGUUCCAGGUGAGAUCGCAGAACCUUAGCGUUUGUUUUGAACAUGUUUAAAACUAACACUAUUACUCUGCGAUCAUUGGCGACUAUGGAACGCACAGCAAAAUAUUUGGUGUUUAAGGUUCUCUUGGCAUGCUCUGAGACCAUCUCCUUUGCCGUAGCAGCACAGUAAGGACGCCACCCCGGUCUAACAAGGGUAUCAUAAAUUACAAAAGUUGAUCAAGUUUGUUAUUAAAAGGUUCUUAACUCUUCAGAGGUUUCAAUAUUAUUUUUGUUGAUUUCUGAUAUUAACUUUUGGGGCGAUCUAAUUAAAAUUAGGCGAUGUUUUUAGGCGAUUUAUAUUUACACCAUAGUGGACAAAACGAGCAUUAUAUCCAAGAUCUACUUUUAAUUAGAUUGCUUUAAGAGUUAUCUGCCCUUUGUAAUUUGUAACCAUUCAUGUUAACCCCACAAUGAUAGAAUCUGUUUCAAUGGGCUAAAUCUAUUUGUUAAUGCCAGCUUAAUUUUUGUCAAGGUCACUGAGAUGUAAAUAUGGUUAGCGCAAGAGUGUAGGUUAGGGUUAGGGUAAGCAUUGGAGCUAGGUCCAGGGUUAGGUGGGAUUAGCGUCAGCCCUGUUUACAUCUCGUGACUGUGACGAAAAAUUGAGCUGGCCUUAUCAUUUAACAAUAAUCGUUUCAAUGUCAUAAUAUAAUCAGUAAUUGCCCUGGAUGACCAAGUUCCUGGUGGGUGUAUGUUUCGUUGCCUAGCAACCAGAUGUCAUUUUUACACCAGUGGAUAAUUGAAACUAUUGUAACUACCCACCAGCUAUUGAUGUGCCGCUAACCUGCUAUAUAUAUAUAUUUAUGUAUCGUUAAACUUGAAAAGUUUGUAAAGUUGAUUAUUUUUCAAUUUAAAAAAAAUAUGAAUUCUUUAAUUAUGGAUGAUUUGUUUCAACAGUACACAAUGCCUAAAUCUAUUUGUUAAGGCCAGCUCAAAUUUUCGUCAAGGUCGCUGGGAUGUAAAUAAUGUUAGGGCACGAGAUUAUAGGUUAGGUUUAAGAAUUUGGGGGAGAGGUUAAGUCUCCACAUAAGCACUGACCUAGGAUGAAGAAGACUAGAGAUGGUUAGUCAAAAGGUUGCUUAGUAACACACAGCACCUGUUUUCCAUGUUUCUUGUGUAGGAAGACUUUUACAUCUUGAUGAACUAAAUUCUCCUAAUAAAUGUGUAUUUUUGGAGUCUAAGAAAAAAAUACUAUGUAAUUUUGAUGACCCCCCUUUAAACAUAAUUUUUGCAUAAUGAUAUUAAUGUAGUCCAAAUAUGGAACAGGAAUUUUGAGAAGGGUGUGAGAGGGUUCUUUCAUUGUUAAAAUUAGCUCCUAUUAAAUUCAGUAAUUGUACGUUUUAUUACUAGCCUCAAGACAAUAGACUGGAAGUGCCCCGCCCUUCAAUCCCCAAAAUAUCACCUUCCAGUAAAAAUAUCUAGAUCGCUAUGGAAUAUUUUUAUCAGAUAUAUGACUAAUGUUCUUGGUUAAAUUAUAAACUUGCUGAUGAAAUACGAUAAUUAACUGAUUUAAAGAAAAUAAUAUGAAUUUAGUUAGUGUAAAUAAAGAGUUCAUGUUAAAAUCAA